AUCCAAACUAACGCAGGGGACGUCAAAACAACAGUGGUUUAAUCAUCUCAAAAAAGCAAGCACGGGGGUGAAGUGAACUACUGCUCUUGCACUCGAAGCCAUUGCUUGCCGUCGGCACUUAUUUUAAACUUUUUACAUUUAGGAUUUCAAUUGUGAAGUCAGGAUGGAACGGCGUCUUGUAUCGUAUGCAAAUACGUCUGCUGACGUAGUAGAUCAUGUGGGUUUUGGCGUAGAUCCCCCAGUGAUCGCCAAUUUUUUUGCGGCUGUUGUCUAUAGGAUUCGGUUCGAAUCUGUACAAUCGUACGCUUCUUUUGGCGGCACACGUGGAAAAGUACGCGAUUUUGGAGUCUUGCUGUCAAUAACAUCGCAUCACAGGCUUUUCCGUUGGUGGUAGGCAGGUGAAGCAGCAAGAGAAUAUUGACUGAGAAUAAGGGUUGCAGAGAAGGAAAACUGGCCACACAGGACCUGGCCAUCACCACAAACAUUACUCUGGAGAGGAAGGAGAUCAUCUCUGACAGACUGUGUGGUCUGGGAUGAAGUCUCAUGAAGUCUUCCAUAGGAGCUGACAUUAAGAGUCAGCGGAAUCAUCAUUUACUGAUCCUCCACCAGACCAAGACCUGCCUAUUGCCCAUCAACAGAUUCCCCCCGCACUGCACCGUCUUACUCCCUGACCAUGGCUAGUCGGAGAAAGUCAACAACACCCUGCAUGAUCCGACCAGAUGACAUGGUAGCGACAGAUGAUGAAGAUGAAAUGGAUUCCUGUGUAGACAGUACAGAGGAGAAUGGAUCCUCACAUGUUUCAUCUAGUGAGGACUGGACCGACAGAAAGAGUUCUGUGAACUUGAUGCAGAAGGCAACAGAGGUGGAGAAACCGGAGGUAAAAACUCGACCUCAGAGGAAAAUACAGGGAGGCUAUGAGUGCAAAUACUGUCCUUUUUCUACACAAAACCUCAACAAAUUCAAAGAGCAUGUUGAUUCCAACCACCCAAAUGUUAUACUCAACCCACUAUACUUGUGUGCGGUUUGCAAUUUCAAUACAAAAAAGUUUGAUUCUUUGACAGAACACAAUGAGAAAUGUCAUCCUGGAGAGAGCAACUUCAAGUUUAAGAGGAUCAAACUCAACAGUCAGACCAUUCUAGAACAGACAAUCGAAGGUUCUAACUGCGCAGUCAUCUAUGAUGCAGCCAGUCCUCAGUCAGGAGAGGACUUCACUGCUUUUCCUCUGAGCAAAUCCUUGACAGUUAAGAUGGGUAAGCCAAAAGCAGACAGUAUCUGGUUUCCAGGAGAUAGUAAGUUGGAUAAACUCACUCCAGAGCUAUCUAAAAAGCAAAUUACUGCAGUGAAUGUGAAUGGGACUGUGAUAAUCCCAGAUGCAACUCUUAAAGAUGGCCUUUCUCAUAUAAUGCCCUCCCUGCAACGCCCACCUAACUAUAAUUUGGUACCAAAAAUUGCCGUCCCCUUGAACACUUCAAAAUACAACCCCUCACUGGAUGGCAACUUGACCCUCAUCACUUCCUUUAACAAGUUUCCCUAUCCUACUCAAGCAGAGCUCUCUUGGCUCACUGCAGCCUCUAAACACCCAGAAGAACAAAUUAAAGUGUGGUUCACUACCCAAAGGCUAAAACAAGGUAUCAGCUGGUCACCAGAAGAGGUUGAGGAAGCACGAAAGAAAAUGUUCAACGGAACAAUUCAGCCUGAUCAACAAACGUUCACUGUCUUACCUGCUCAGUUAACUCAGUCCACUAAAGCUUCACAAUCCCUAAUCCAGACCAUCCCUUGCCAUGUCCUUGGACAAUCCAGCCUAGUGUUGACACCAGUUGCCAAUGGCUCCUCUAUAACUAGUGCUCCUCUCACACUAACAGUUGCAAAUCAAAUAGCACAGGGUGUCAAGAGGCCCCACACAGUACCACUGGCUGCUGCUGAGGUAAAGAGGCCUUCAAUAAUCCAGUCCGUACAGAGUACUCCCAAGCCUGUCUCUCCAACACCAAGUCUUUCUUCAGAUUGUGAAAAAACUACUGAUCAGAUCAGAGAACUGACUGCCAGCUAUGCUCGAUGCCAGUUUCCUGAUGAUGAAGAAGUGUAUCGUCUCAUCGAGAUGACUGGCCUCUCUUGGGGAGAGAUCAAAAAAUGGUUCAGUGAUCAACGCCAUAGAAACCUGAAGGCAGUUCAACAAAUUAAAACAGACCUCUCUACGAAGGACAGCCAGCCUCAUAAACGUGUUGCCACGCAGUUUCCACUUCUUGAGAGAGUAAAAGGUAAAUCCUCUGAGCAAAUGAAAAAGUUAGAGGAAAGUUUCCAAAGGACUUGCUUUCCAACCCAGGCUGAGAUAGAUCACCUUGUGGCUGAAACCAGGCUCGCCAAAAAUGAAAUAGACUGCUGGUUUACAGAGCGUCGUGCACUACGAGACAACUUGGAACAAGCCUUGCUCAACUCGAUGGGAUCAAAACGACUGGAGCAUCAUCUUCAAAGGGGGUCACUGAAUGGAAUCCAUGAGCAGGACAGCCAUGUCAGGGACUCUCCUCUUCCCAUUCUCACAUCCUCCGUGUGUCCAGGGGACAUUGACAGCAAGUCUCUUGGCCUUCUUAAGGACAUGUUUGCAAAAACUCAGUGGCCCUCACCAGAGGAGUACAACCAACUAGAAAUCCAAACAGGGCUUGUUCGUACAGAAAUUGUUCGCUGGUUUAAGGACAACAGGUCUGCUCUGAAGAAUGGAACCUUAGACUGGAUGGAGCAAUUUCAGAAUCUUAGCAACAAAAGACCGAAUGGGCAGAACAGCUCCUUGAUUGGAGAGCAAGCCCAGAGUGUUCUGCAGAAGCACUUUCAAGAGGCAAUGGUGCAAAAAGGGGAAGGUUUUGAGAAGCUGGCAGAACAGUCAAAACUAACCAACCAGGACAUAGUUGAAUGGUUCACCAGUAAACUGGUUCCAGACAUAAGCAAGAGCAAGGACCAACAUGGACAGACAAGUGUAGACAGCAAGAGGUGGAUAUCCUUGGCAGCUGAUGGCAAAAACUACGAUGCACAGAAAGUGUCACGAGACCUUGAAGUGCUGUCAGCAGAGCACAGAGUGACAGGAUGAACUGGGUAAGAGGAAAACAGGCUGCUAUGAAUGAACUAGAUAGGCCUGAUGAUUAAGGAAUAUCAUCGUGUAUGGAACCAAUAAUCUCAUAUCUGGACUCGACGUUAUCAGAGAUACGGACUGGGAGAGUCUGAAACACUGUCCGGAGAGUGACCAUGGAGUGCCAAAGUUUGACUGCUAUGUUAUUAUUGUGUUUGUUUUUUAAAAGGGCCCUUGUAAAUAUAAUUUUUUUUCUGUACUUUACAGAUUUGUAAAAACAUUUUUGAAGAUGACACUUUUACAUUUAUGAGUCCCAAGACAUUUCCCUUAAACCUUAUAAUGGAAUGUUGGACAAAACCAACCCACCUGCUAGUGUAGCUGGCAUAGUUAAAUCCAAGAGAACAAAAUGUGGUCCAUGAUGGACACAGACAAGCGGUGCUUUUACAAAAAACGAGGUGAUAUUAUGGACUUUUCUUUGGACCGUAAACACAUUGCCUGCAAUCUCAUACUGUACCUAUUGCCAUGAAGGCAGAGCCACAUGGUGGACCUAAUCAAAACUAAAAUCAAGACAAUACAGUGAUGCACAGCAUGUUUAUUUGUUCUUGUAGACACAUUUUUGGCAAUAUUAUGGUAACUGCAAAAUCAUCUUUAUCAUGUUGGCUUUUCCAAGGCAUAGUUUCCCAUUUCCACUACUCUGCUGUGAACUGCUUUCGGCUCGCUUCAACGUAUUUUUUUUCUUGCAGCUGUUUUAGUGUCAUGUUCAGACAUGCAUCAGGAAUACUGUACUGCAAUCAAGAAUCCUGCUUGCUCUUUAUAAGAACCAGUCUGCUGUAAUUCAAUAAAACACAACUGAUUGAAAUCUUACUUUGAUCCCCACUGUUUACCAAAAACAGCAACAUUGCCAUUGUAAAAAUUCAACCAACAGAGCAUGUUCUCUUAAAGAGCUCCCUAAAGAGAUUCAACAAAAUUUAGGGUACUGCAAGAUAUAAAUACAUGUUAAAGGCUCCUGUAUCCUGAAUGUGUCCCUCAAGACACAUUGUGUAAUCAAUGAACUUUCAGAAUUAGCAAGCAAAAUUGCUUUUUACAACUAUCUGUAGCAUUGGUAAUUGCUGUUAGUAAUUGUAACUCAAUAAAACAUCAAUUAAGAAGCACUAGAAAUAAAAACUGACCAUUUAGUAAAGAUUGUGAUUUGGAAAGGAGUUUGGCAAGAUUAACUUUGAUGCAACUGUAUACAAUAUCUUAUACUAUGUGCACGACAUUUGUAUUGUAAUGCGUUUUCUUUGUAAAGAACCUUUGUCAAAAUGUUCAGGGACAUAUAACCACAUUAGUGUGCCAUAUAACCUAUAGAUAUAACUACCAGUGUACAAACAGCUAAUGUUAAUUAACUUUGAUUUCUUUUUGCUGAUUGGCCAGUGAACUGAUUGUGGAAAGGUUUGUGUGCAUGUGAGAUUUUAUAUACAGUCUAUAUCACAAGGUAAUUGUUAACUUAAGUUUAAUCAAUAAUGUGUGAAAAGUGCAUGGCAGUUUUUUCUGUAAUUAAAUUGAUUGAUACCCUUUACACAA